CCCAGAACCCAUUUGUACGCGAAGUACCGUUGCCGAUAAACCUCUCGGUGAUUAUAGGGGGUGAAAAUGUGAUUUUGCAUGGUAAUAUGCUGUGCGCAACUAACUAAAUGCAGCACAGAUAACGCCGUGCUUUUAAUGAGCAUCUGCCGGACUUGCAGAAAAAUAACAUAGACGUUUGAUCGAAACUCGCUUGGCGGAGUUUGUAGGGUUACAGCUUUGCAGCCAAAACAAUUCUGCUUCAACAUGAACCAUGGUGAUCAACUGAUCGCCUUCACUCGUGCCCGGGAAGAAUCGGAUCUGUGGAGAGAUGGACACAUUCAGAAAAAAAACAGAAAUUAUGGCAGCACCAACCAGGAAGAAGAGCAUUCAUCUGGUGAAACAGUGCGUAACUUUUAUGAGAGCCUGGCACUGACAAGUAGUUCUAAAGGAGUCUUACCGAGAAAACCAAGGGUAGUUCGUGUCCUCCGUCGGCCAGCGCAGGUGUCUCUUUGCACCCUGAGCUGCCCAGAACAAACCGACACCCGCAAAGGGAAUCAGCUCUUGAAAGCCGCUCAAGAUGGCAACGUGAAGUCUCUCCAAAAGCUUGUGGAGAAGGAAGGGUGUGAUGUGAAUUAUAAAGAUGGAUUUGAUUGGACAGCCAUCAUGUGUGCAGCCUAUGCUGGACGAGAGGAAGCGGUACGUUAUCUUUUGAGACAUGAGGCCGCUUGGGUGGGAGUUUGUGAAUCACAAGGCCGGGAUGCUAUGGAUCUGGCUGAAGAAGCUGGACACAAAGAGGUGGUCAGCAUCCUUCGGGAGAGCGAAAGGCCUCGAGUGAAGAAUGAACCGUCUAGUUUACCAGCUGAGAGGAAACACUGCGAAGUGUGCCAGGCGCACUACAGCGAGGACACUGUGGCUCUCCACGAGCGUUCCACCGCCCACCUUUUCAAUCGACGUGACCCGUUGCCCUCCACCCGCUACUGCAUCCCGGAGAAUAACGUGGGCUUCCAAUUGAUGGUCAAAGGUGGCUGGGAUAAAGAAACAGGAUUGGGGCCCAGCGGCGCAGGUCGCAAGUUCCCUAUUAAGACUGUCCUCAAGAGAGAUCAGAAGGGCCUGGGCUUCUGCAGUAACCUCAAACCCAAGGUUACCCACUUCAGAUCUAACGACCGUUGUGCUAUAGAGGAACCCGGGAAGCGACAAUCCAGAAAAGAACGAGCAGCAACAGUCGGAAAACGGGAGGCCCGCCGGAGGGAGGCCAAGGCCGCAGCUUGGGAACGCAACCUCCGUACUUACAUGAACUUUGACCUUUGAACCAUUUUGGGACAGUUGGUGAUCCUGAUAAGGGCGUACGCCCCUAUGAGUUAUUAUGCAUCGUAAUAAAGCAUAUCUUAAUUAAUCACGGUUUAUUGAAUAUAUUGACAUUGGCACUGGGUACUGUAACAGUCUUGCCCACUUUGUUAUUUAACGUGUGGUGUGACCAGCCACUGAGUCCUUGUUCUCUUUUCAGUCCAAUUCAGCCUUUCUCAACUGUGGCAACUUUGAAGUGUGUGGACUUCAACUCCCAGCAUUCCCAUGCUGGCUGGGGAAUUCUGGGAGUUGAAGUCCAUACAUCUUAAAAGUUGCCAAGGCUGAGAAGCACUGGACUAAUAUGUAGCAGAGUGUUGUGACCCAGGCCCAAGUAGGUAGAAUUCUCCUGACGGAGAGAUCAAGAGGUUGGCGGCAACUUCUCAUGAUGAUCUUUUGUUGGGGUUGGCCAAGAAAGUUGUCCUACUCCACUCACUCACAUGUAUAUAGUGAUGCUGUGACCCAGGCCCAAGUAGGUAGUAGGAAACUCAGUCAGUGAAAAGACAAACAAACUUUAUUCGAACAGCUGAGAAUUACUUCAUUCCCAGCGUAGUUCAACUAAAUUAAAGCAAAUUCCUCCCAACACAAAUUUCUCAGUCCUAUCCCAACCCUUGGUCCAAUUAGGCAAACUGCCAAAAGCCUUUCUUGGCAAACAUUCAGAAGUCACUGAUACAAAAAUAAUUGCAAGAAGACAAAGCUACCAACGUUGUUUUCUUGCAAAGAGCCCAAACACCGUUGCUGGUCUUUUAAGCCUUAUGGGAGGGGCCAAUCAUCUCUUCGCCUUACUCCCGAGUCGUCCUCUUUGCUUGAGCUGCUCUUGCCUUCUGGCAGCUCUUCUCAUGUGUGCCAUAAGGAACAGGCUCCUCCUGUUCCUCUGCCUCACUACUAUCAGUCUCUGGAGGCUCCGGAGUCCGUACCUCACUCCCUGAUGGCCCUGGCCCCACCUCAGCCUCAUUGCUGUCCGACUCAAUUGCUAGCUCCACCGGCUGCUGGUGGACCACAACACAGAGAACAGAAUGAAACAGGGAAGAAAUCCAUUGGGUGGUGGGGAGGGAGAAAGAAGAAAGAUCGGUUCUUUGACUUUAUACAGUUUAACGUAUGCUUUACAUGCCUUAAAAACGAAUAAACAAUAAAAUUCACAAUCUGAACUAUUUUGUGGAAUUGGGGAUGAAAAUAAUGUUCAGUGGGAAGAAGUGGGUUGACCCACUGAACGUUACUUCAGCUAUUUGGAAAUGUAUUCUUUAACCUGGAACUCAUAGGCUAUAAACCACUUAGAACUGGAAGAGUAGGUAAUAUAUACAGUACCUUUUGAUAACAGGCAUCCCAAAGACAUGCAAAUGUUUUUACAUGGUUUGAUAAGAACUUUUAAGUUCUAUCUAUUUCAGAUUGUAUAAAAUAAAAAGCACGAAUCUGAAAAUUAUCGUUUCAAAUAGCGAGGUAAAUUGAGAUGAUAGGGAAAAUUGAUUAUAUCUCUACUAAUUAAGAGAUAUAGUCGUGAAAAUAUUUGCCGUGAAAAUAUUUACAGACCCCUCACAUCCUGGACAUAAACUGUUUCAACUCCUACCCUCAAAACGACGCUAUAGAGCACUGCACACCAGAACAACUAGACACAAGAACAGUUUUUUCCCGAAGGCCAUCACUCUGCUAAACAAAUAAUUCCCUCAACACUGUCAGACUAUUUACUGAAUCUGCACUACUAUUAAUCUUCUCAUAGUUCCCAUCACCAAUCUCUUUCCACUUAUGACUGUAUGACUAUAACUUAUUGCUGGCAAUCCUUAUGAUUUAUAUUGAUAUAUUGACCAUCAAUUGUGUUGUAAAUGUUGUACCUUGAUGAAUGUAUCUUUUCUUUUAUGUGCACUGAGAGCAUAUGCACCAAGACAAAUUCCUUGUGUGU